CGCUGACUACGUGGCGGCGGCUGGAGCUGAGGGGAGGAGGUGGCCGCGGUGCAGGCAAGCGACACGGCGGCAGCAGUGGCUGCUCCUGUCAGUCUUUCCUGGCACUUCAGCCGGCGACGCCGUCCGCUGCUGCCGGAGUUUAUUUUGCAGUGAAUGGACCUGUGCUGGUCUACACUAACCAGGGAUCAGGAUGGUGAUGCAACUCUCGACUAUCGUUGUCGUCUUUUGUAUUUGUGGUUUGUUUCCAUCGCUGUCCAGUGCAGAUAUCCACAGAGCCAAUGCCAAAAAGCUGGCACGAAAGGCAGCAGCUGCGCAGGCUGCAAAUGAAGGUCAAAGGUGGUGUCCAGAAAACGUGUUUACACUCCGAUCAUGGUCAGAACUGUUUGCUGGAGAACGUAUUGAUGCCUGGAUCUGUUCUUUGAUUGGCUCGGUGAUCGUUGGGCUCAGUGGUGUCUUUCCUCUUCUCGUCAUCCCAAUUGAGGCUGGGGCAGCACUGAAAUCUAAAGAUGGCUCCCAACGAUUGAAACGAUUGUUGAGUUUUGCCAUUGGUGGGCUGCUUGGUGAUGUCUUCUUGCAUCUAUUGCCUGAAGCCUGGGCUUACACCUGCAAUAGAAAUGCAGAUGGUGGCCAUAGUCGUGAGCAGCAGAAGAAGUUAGGUUUUUGGGUAAUUAUUGGAUUGUUUGCAUUCUUUAUUUUGGAGAAAGUAUUCCCAGAUAAAGAAGAAGAGGACACAGAAUAUCACAGGAUACCACAGACCCAAACGACAGUGCAGAAUGGCUGUUGCUAUUUGGAUAAUGGGGUCAAAUGCCUUCCAAAUGGAAAAGUAAUUUCUUCUGCCAAUACUCAUUGCAUAGAUUCGUAUUUUCAACUCGGCAAUGGCUACUGCCAUGAUUCUACACGACAGCUAAAGGCAUUUACUCCACCUGUCCGAGCUAUAAAGAUCAGUGGCUACUUAAACCUCAUUGCCAAUGGUAUCGAUAACUUCACACAUGGCCUGGCAGUAGCUGGCAGCUUCCUUGUUAGCAGGAAGGUUGGGAUCACUACUACCUUUGCUAUUCUCCUUCAUGAAGUCCCACACGAGAUUGGAGACUUUGCCAUCCUGCUCAGGGCAGGAUUUGAUCGUUGGAGUGCAGCUAAAAUGCAGCUCACAACUGCAUUUGGAGGGGUGUUAGGAGCCUGUUUUGCCCUAUGCGCAGAGUCUCCAGAAGGAACAGAGAGCAGUGUAGCCUGGAUUCUACCAUUCACAUCAGGGGGAUUUCUGUACAUUGCUCUGGUUACUGUAGUACCUGAUCUCCUUCAGGAGACGGAUGUGCGGAAUUCUGUGUAUCAAGUAUUGCUGCUUUGCAGUGGGAUUGCAGUCAUGAUGCUGGUCUCGACCAUUGUCUAAUUGAUGCCUUGAAUUGAUAUUUGAUCAGAGUGCCAUUUUAGUGGUACCGAUGGAAAGGUAACUUGGAGCCAGCCUUAUUUACAUGAUCAGAAAGACCAAGUAUUGCUUCAGAAAUGAGAACAAAAGAUGAAUCUCUUCCUCUACCAUUGUUUCUUCUAAAAUGAGUGUAAUGAGCUAUGUUUAAUGACUGAUGUACCCAGUAAAACACUACACCAAAGAAACAUGCAAUAAACCUCCUAAAGUGUCACAUAUCUACAAAAGCUACCACAUAGUUGAUGGUGCUUCAAUGUUUGGCAACCCUGACCUUUUAGCUUACAUGACCAAGUAGGUGGUGGUUAUUUUGUACAUUAAGUAGUCACUGGAUCCUGUUCCCCCUUGCUAGGCUUCUCCCCUUUCACCAGAAUACUUUGUAUAAAAGGAGCAAAAGAAGUGUGCCUGUUAAACCUUGUCACUGUUGACAUGAGAUUCUGGUCAACAGAUCAGCUUAAACACCUGGGGUACAGUAAUAUGUAUCCAUUACUGAAAUACUUAUAGGUACUUGACCAACCCAUAUCUACCUUUAAUAUUCCCUCUGAAAAAAGGUGAACAUGCUUUAUUAUGGCCUGCUAAAUGUCCUGAAUGAUAGGUAGCUACAGUUGAAGCUGAACAGAUCAAAACAAGUUAUUGUGGAAAUGGAAUUUGACCCUGAGCAGGCUGCUGAUCUUUAUGCCCUCUUUUUGCCAAACAUCAACCCAAAUACCGUGCUCUGUGAGUUCAAGCAGAAUUCCAGUUGGAUUGUGGAAGCAGAUGCACACAUUCAAUUACCCAAAAUUAUCACUGAUUUCCACAGGUUUCUUGAAGACAAGUAAUUUCCUUCCAUGUUUAGUUGUUAUAUACAUGGUAUUUGGGUAGCACAAUCAAAAUAACUGAAACCUGUUUAUCUUGCCCAGGCCAGCCAAAGAUUACAGCCAUAAUGAUGCUUUUGGUACGUGUUACAUUGGUACAAGAAAGCCAUCUUUAGAUCAAACCCUUUGGUUAUUGCUGUGCUAAUGAAAUCUGUUAUCCUAUUAGAAACAUACAAACACUCCUCAUCCUGUGUACUCAGGCAAGGCGUGUGGUCUGACUGUUACAAGCUGUUAAGUUAGUAUUAAUGGUGCUCUCUGCAUUACUGUGGAACUGCUGCUCAUUGCAUGAUGAGAUCAACAGCACCUCGCAUCUAUGCACAGACUCGUCAGCAAACUAACUCUGCACUUUCUUCUAUUUUUUGAGGCAUAGAUUUUAUUUUGUGUAUUCUUGUAAUAAAAUUUAUGUAUUUUCAUUUUAAUUGUAAAUAUUUAGCAUGAAAUAUUUGAAUAAACUAUUCAUAUUCAUUUUG